AUGGAGUGCGCAGCAGCUCCAGGUCCCAAGCCUGGGGUCCCAUCUCAGGCCAUUGAGAAUGUUCUACCCCCGGCUGAGGAUUGGCUGCCGGGAGUCCCUGGAGAUGCCCCGGCCUGGGCCACCAGUCUUAAGACAGAGCUUCCAUCAGAUCUAGAGCUGAGUGAGGAGCAGCGGCUGCAGAUCUCCAAGGAGCUGGUCGACUUGCAGAUCACAACCCAUCAUCUGAAGGUGCAGCAUGAGGCUGAAAUCUUUGAGCUGAAGAGUGAGGUCCUGCGGCUGGAGAGCCGGGUGCUGGAGCUGGAGCUGCAUGGAGACCAUGCAACCUCAGCAGAGGCUGGUCCAGAGCACCUCCAGGCAUUUGCAUGGGAGCUUGAGCAAAAGGCCAAGGAUCAGGGACAUGGCAACGACCACAUUCUUCAGGCAAAGCCUGAGGGCUCCCGGCCCUCUGAAAAUGAGCUGCAGAAGCUGGGAAAUGGCCUGCAAGGAGAAGUGAAGUGGGUGCUGGAGCAGCACAGGACCAGGCAGCAAGCACUGGAGAGACGUGUGUCAGCCCUGGGCCAGCAGCUGGAGGGAGCCCAAGAGGAGGUCAAGGCAGCUGGGCAGCGACUGGCUGCACAAGCCGUGGUGUUGUCCACCUGCCAGGGCCAGCUCCGCCAGGCCGAGGCCGAGAAUGGCCGGCUACAGCUGCAACUCAAGAGGCUGAAGGAGGAGUACACUGUCCGGCUACAGCGCUGUGCCCGAGCCCUGGUGGAGUAUGCAGAUGGUGCAAGCCAGGCACCUACAGCUGGAGGAGCCCUUCGGACAUUCCUGGAGACCACUCUGGAGGACAUCCGAGCAGCACACCACAGCCGUGAGCAACAGCUGGCCCGGGCUGCUCGCAUCUACCGCAAGCGCCUGGCAGAUCUGAGCCGGAGACAUGAGGAGCUGCUCAGUGCCCACAGUGUGCAGCAGGUGCUGGCAGACCCCAAUGGAGCACCUGGGAUCCCCAAUGUUACCUCUGACGUGGUCACUUCAGACCUGGAGCCACUGCCCCUGCACCUGGUCACUGAGCUUGGCCACCUUGGGAAGGAUCAGGCAAGGCUGGAGACACGGUUCCAGAAGCUCCAAGUCCAGCCUUAUUCUAGAGAUCUCAAGAUGCUGCUCUUGUUCCCACAGAAAGGACCUGGUGAAGCCUCCCAGGGGAGCACAUCAGAGCCACAGAGCCUGGAAGCUGCAUCCUGGGCCCAGAUCUACCAAAAGCUCCAGAACUUCUACCGUAGCACCCAGGCAGAGCUAGAAUGGGAGCGGGCACAACUGCUAGUCCGAGCCACCAAGGCUGAGGAGCAACUUUCCGAGCUUCAAGAGUAUGUGGACCAGCACUUAGGCAGGUUCAAGAAGGAGAUCCUGAGGCUAAGGAAGCUGGUGGGUCCAGGAGACACCCAGAAAGUGGGGGCCACGCCUCCAGCCAAGCCUCAGCGCCCCAGGACCCGCAGCCGCUAGCCAGUCAUCAGAUAAACUGGGAGCACAGCAUCUCCCAGCCAGCAGAGAAUCCGCCCCACAGCCCCACUUUGGGGAGUCAUGUG